AUGGAUGAACGCAGAGAGGCAGAGUGCACUGCAUCAUCUAUCGAUCCACAAGAAGCAGCGAGUUCAAAGGAAGGAAACCUGCAUGGUGUAUGUUGUGUGCGUGUAUGUUCAGAUGAAAAAGCUGACUGGCGUGGGCGUCGUCUAAUGCAACGACGGCAAAUGAACGAACGAGCUGAGAUGAGGUAUAAAUGUUUACUGUAG